UUCAAAAAAUAAACAAAUUGACAGUCAAUCCCUCGUUAACGCCAUUAAACCCAACGACCACCAGCCCGGACGGAGAAGAGAGAGCAACGAAGCAGAUGGCAGCGAUAACCGUGGCGGUGGUGGCGAUAGCCGCAGUGAUUCUCGGCUGGAUCACCAUCGAGAUCGCCUGCAAGCCUUGCCUCGAAAAGGGUCGCGAGGCCAUCGAUCGUUCCCUCGACCCGAAUUACGAUCCCGACUCCCCCCACCUACUUGGCGCCGGUCAGCCCCUUCUCGAUCCAGCCACCUCGUCCGCUUCUCCUGCCACCAAAAUCGUCUGAGACCUGUGAAAAUGCCGAUUGCCCAAGAUGCAAAUCGAGGUGGGUUCAUAUGUAUAUGAGAUUGUGCUGUUCAAUCAAUGGUAUGCCAUGGUUUGCUUCGAGUUUUAUGCUAUUUUCUAGGUUUUUAUUGUUAUAUGAAGAAGAUACUAAACUUGACUUGUGGAAUGUGCUGGAUUUUACUGCGUUGAUUAA